ACUUAACACACACACAAAACAAAGGGAAAUAUGAAGUUACACACUUUUGCCUUUGCAUUAUUAGCCUACAUCCUAGUAAUAACCUCAUCGUAUUCUCAUAGUGCUGUCGGUGCUGAGGUUGGAAGUGUAGUCGGUGCUUCUCUAUUCGACCAACUACUGAAACACCGAAAUGAUCAAGCCUGCGAGGGCAAGGGUUUCUACAGCUACAACGCUUUCAUCACCGCUGCUAGAUCCUUCGCUGCUUUCGGAACCACCGGUGAUUCCAACACUCGCAAGAGAGAGGUUGCAGCUUUCCUAGCUCAAACCUCUCAUGAAACCACAGGAGGAGCAGCAACUUCACCAGAUGGACCAUAUGCAUGGGGUUAUUGCUUUGUGACAGAAAGAGAUAAGUCCAACAGAUACUGUGAUGGGAGUGGACCAUGUUCCGCAGGAAAAUCGUACUAUGGUCGAGGGCCAAUUCAACUGACCCACAACUACAACUAUAAUGCAGCUGGAAGAGCCCUGGGAGUGGACCUGAUAAACAACCCAGACUUGGUGGCAAGAGAUGCAGUGGUAUCAUUCAAGACAGCACUGUGGUUCUGGAUGACGCCACAGGGGAAUAAACCCUCGUGCCAUGACGUCAUCACUAACAGGUGGACCCCAUCUGCUGCUGACAAGGCAGCUAAUAGAGUGCCAGGUUUUGGUGUGAUCACGAACAUCAUCAAUGGUGGACUUGAAUGUGGGAAAGGUCCUACUCCGGCAUCUGGUGAUAGAAUAGGGUUUUACAAGAGAUACUGUGACGUUUUUGGAGUCUCUUAUGGUCCUAACUUGAAUUGCAGAGACCAAAGACCUUUCGGUUAAUCACUUCCAUGUUUUUUUUUUUCUUUGCUUUCGUUCCAUAAUAAGAAUAACAACGAAAAUGAUGUCGUCUCUGGCUCAUUUUCUAUAAUUUCCCCAA